AUGGAUAGAAUGCGAAGUGGGGCGCCUGGAGGAGAAUCUAACAGUAAAGAAGAUGAGAAAUUAACAAACGGAGUUGUAGGCGCGAGCAUGGGUUGGCACGGCAAAUACCGUAAUGGUUCUAAUUUUACCAAAUUUGUUCUGUCGGAGAAUUCUCCAAAACAUACCGAGUGCCUCCUUCAACGUCGAUAUCAAAAUCGGACAUUCAAGCCAGAUACGAGGGUAGCGAGCCAGAACACAGCGCCAAUGGCUACUAAACAGGCUGCCACAGGCGUAUUGGAGAACCUCCCGAUCCGACUCCGCAAUUUCUUUGCCCGCUACCCUCCACAGGUCUACUCCGCACAUGCCCUUGGAGCUACCAAAGAAUUAGAGGGCGUUGAAGCCCCGGCUCCAGCUCCGAGUCCCUAUACCCCAUCACGCUCCGUCAAAGCCUCUAAAUCAAACAAAUCCUCCUUUUCACUAUCACAAACCUUCCUCCGCUCCGAUCCAGAACACCCAAACCCAUUUCUGCCAUAUAAAAACCCCGAAACAGGCCGAUGGCGGGGCGCCAUGAUUUCCCUCAGACGGCAGAACGAAUUGGUCAAAUUGGCUGCGAAGUAUGGCGUUGAGGAACUAUUACCUCCCAGCCGCAAGUCGACGAUUUAUAAAGAAACUAAGGCUGUUGAAAAGGGACUAAGAAUUCGUGGUACGGGUAUUGGCCAGAAGGUCAAGGGUCACAAAUGGGAACGCUUGAUAGAGACUCGUUUGGAGGAUAGAAGGAAGGCUAUGAUGGGUAUGCCGGAGAUGAUUAGGAUGUGGAAACAGCGCGGUCACGGAAGAGGGUGGAAGAAAUAUCCACGGAAGUAA